UUGGUGUUCCUGUGGAAGAAUAACGCCCCUCGGUGCGGGGCAGCGGAUGGAGACAUGCGUCCCUCUGAUCAUUUCCAACUCGAGACUUGGAGUGACAACGUCUCAUACCCGGAGUCUGCUUCAUUUUUACUCUCUGUGGAUCUACUCUAGGAUGAACUGAAAGGGUUUUAUUUUUUUUACCAAUCGAAGAAGGGAAACAUAAUAUCGGAUCUAUGAAAAAACCCACGUGGAUUUGUAUAAUAUUUUUUAACCAGAAGGAAUGCAUAUUUUAUUCGUGAAACUAACUUUCCUGUUGCCGCUAAUAGGAAUUACUCGAGGUCUAAGAUGCUCCAUGCCCACGGAGUCAUGUUUGAACCAGGGGAGGUGUGUAGCAACUACAGAUGGGAAUGGAGAGUGCAAGUGUCCAGAUGGAUACAUUGGGAGCAGGUGCCAGUUUCAUGAUCCCUGCAACAACUUACCAUGCAUGAACGGCGGCACGUGUCGUGCCUUCUCCAAGGGGAACACAGUGGACUUCAACUGCACCUGCAAAGUGGGCUACACAGACCGGCGUUGUAUGACUCCCAUCAACAUCGCAUGCUUCAACUCACCGUGCCGCAACGGAGGUACCUGCGAGCCGGAGGGUCCUCAGGCAUACAGGUGCCGCUGCCCACCUGGAUGGACAGGAAAAGACUGCACAAAAGCUGACGCCUGUGCAUCAAAUCCGUGUGCCAACGGUGGGCGUUGCACUUCCUUUGAAUCCUUCUUCAUCUGCGCCUGCUCACCCUUCUUCUCUGGGCAAACCUGCACACAGGACAUUAACGAGUGCGACACAAACCCGCCGCUCUGUAAAAACGGCGGGGUAUGCAUCAACGAGGUUGGUAGCUACCGAUGCCAGUGCCCACCGGAGUACACAGGGAAGUACUGUGAGAGCCGUUACCUGCCCUGCAACCCGUCGCCCUGCCAGAAUGGAGGCACCUGCAUCCAGAAGGGGGAAACCAGCUAUGAAUGCUCCUGUGUGCCAGGUUUUACAGGAAAAACCUGCAACCACAACAUUGAUGACUGUCCAGGUCAUGAGUGUCAGAACGGUGGGACCUGUGUGGAUGGAGUCAACACCUACAACUGCCAGUGUAAACCAGAGUUUACAGGUCAGCUCUGCACAGACGAUGUCGACGAGUGCCAGCUCAUGCCAAACGCGUGCCAAAAUGGUGGCACGUGCCACAACACGUAUGGCAGCUACCAGUGCGUGUGUGUGAACGGCUGGACCGGGGACGACUGCAGCGAGAACAUCGAUGACUGCGCCAGCGCCGCCUGCCACCACGGCUCUACCUGCCACGACCGCGUCGCAUCUUUCUACUGUGAAUGUCCGAUAGGUCACACGGGUCUGCUCUGCCAGCUGGAAGACGCCUGCAUCAGUAACCCGUGUCAAAAGGGCUCCAACUGUGACACCAACCCUGUCAGCGGAAAUCAUUUUUGCACCUGCCCUUCAGGAUAUGUCGGUCCUUCUUGCGAUCAGGAUGUUGACGAGUGCUCAUUGGGUUCUAACCCAUGUGAGCAUGCAGGGAAGUGCAUAAACACCAAAGGCUCGUUCCAGUGUAAGUGCCAGCGGGGGUAUGUGGGGCCGCGCUGCGAGCUGGAUAUCAACGAGUGCCUUUCGAGCCCGUGUCAGAACGAAGCCACUUGCCUGGACCAAAUAGGAGACUUUCACUGCAUCUGCAUGCCAGGCUACGAGGGGGAGUUCUGCGAGAUCGAUACAGACGAUUGCGCCAGCAGCCCCUGCCUGAACAACGGCAAGUGUAUCGACAAGAUCAACGGCUUCUACUGCGAGUGCCCCACAGGCUUUACAGGGAGCCUCUGCCACAUAGACAUCGAUGAGUGUGCCAGCACGCCAUGCAAAAAUGGUGCCAAAUGCACAGACGGACCCAAUAAGUACACCUGCGAGUGCACUGAAGGUUACACUGGGAGGCACUGUGAGACUGACAUCAAUGAGUGUUACUCUGACCCAUGUCACUACGGCACCUGCAUCGAUGGGUUGGCAUCCUUCAGCUGCCAAUGCAUGCCAGGAUUCACCGGCCGGCUGUGUGAGACCAACAUCAAUGAGUGUCUGAGCCAGCCGUGCAGGAACGGUGGCACCUGCCAGGACCGAGAGAACGGCUACAUCUGCAGCUGCCUCAAGGGAACCACAGGAACCAACUGUGAGAUAAACAUUGACGACUGCAAGAAAAAUCUCUGUGACUUCGGGACCUGCAUCGACAAGAUCAAUGGCUACGAGUGUGCCUGUGAACCCGGCUACACUGGUACCAUGUGUAACAUCAACAUCAACGAGUGUGCCAUCAAUCCCUGUCACAAUGGAGGCACCUGCAUCGAUGGCAUCAACGGGUUCACUUGCAAGUGUCCGGAUGGUUAUCACGACCUCACCUGCUUCUCCCAAGUAAAUGAAUGCCUCAGCAAUCCCUGUAUCCACGGUCACUGUGAGGACAAGAUUAACAGCUAUAAAUGCCUGUGCGACUCUGGCUGGAGCGGUAAAAACUGCGACAUCAAUAACAAUGAGUGUGAAUCCAACCCGUGCAUAAAUGGUGGCACCUGCAAGGACAUGACCAGCGGAUAUGUUUGCACCUGUCGCAUGGGCUUCACCGGGCCAAAUUGUCAGACCAACAUUAACGAGUGCGCCUCCAACCCCUGCCUUAACCAGGGGACCUGCAUCGAUGACGUCGCAGGGUACAAGUGCAACUGUAUCCUGCCAUACACGGGAGAGAACUGUGAAACCUUGAUGGCCCCCUGUAGCGCCAAACCCUGCAAGAAUGGGGGAGUGUGUCAGGAGUCAGAGGACUAUAUGAGCUUUUCUUGUGUCUGCCCUGAAGGAUGGCAAGGCCAAACAUGUGAAGUAGACAUCAAGGAGUGUGUAAAGAAUCCUUGUCUCAACGGAGCAACAUGCCAGGACACUUUGGGCAGCUACCACUGUGGCUGCAAACCGGGUUUUACUGGACGCAACUGUGAGACUAAUAUCGACGACUGCAAGCCCAACCCCUGCAGCAAUGGAGGCCUCUGUAAGGACGAGGUGAACAACUUCCUGUGCACCUGCCUGCUCGGCUUCCGGGGAACAAAGUGUGAGGAGGACAUCAACGAGUGUGAGAGCAACCCGUGCAAGAAUGGAGCUAACUGCACAGACUGUGUCAACAGCUACACCUGCACCUGCCCGCCUGGAUUCAGUGGAAUCCACUGUGAAAAUAACACUCCUGACUGCACAGAGAGCUCCUGCUUCAAUGGCGGCACCUGCGUAGACGGCAUCAACGCCUUCACCUGCUUAUGCCCACCAGGCUUUACCGGCAGUUACUGUCAGCAUGAUAUCAACGAGUGUGACUCCAAACCUUGUCUGAAUGGCGGUACCUGCCAAGACAGCUACGGCACCUACAAGUGCAUCUGUCCGCAUGGCUACACUGGAAUCAACUGUCAGAACUUGGUCCGUUGGUGCGACUCCUCGCCGUGUAAAAACAGGGGAACCUGCUGGCAGAGUGGGACCACCUACAGCUGCGAGUGCCAGACUGGCUGGACGGGCCUCUACUGCGACGUCCCGAGUGUUUCUUGUGAGGUUGCUGCAAAACAAAGAGGAAUCGAUGUUUCCCAGUUGUGCCAAAACUCGGGUCAGUGUCUGAAUGCUGGAAAUGUUCACCGCUGCCACUGUCAGGUGGGAUACACUGGGAGCUACUGUGAAGGGCAGGUGGACGAAUGCAUGCCAAACCCCUGCCAGAACGGAGCCACCUGUACUGACUUUCUGGGCGGAUAUUCCUGCAAGUGCAUGCCAGGCUUCCUGGGGACCAACUGCUCUGUGGAGAUCAAUGAGUGUUUCUCCCAGCCGUGCCAGAAUGGGGGCACCUGCAUUGACCUGAUCAAUACUUACAAAUGCUCCUGUCCCCGGGGAACCCAAGGUGUGCACUGCGAGAUCAACAUAGACGACUGCAACCCCUUCACUGACCCCGUCACCCAAGAGCCAAAGUGCUUCAACAAAGGCAAGUGUGUGGACGGAGUGGGAGGCUACCACUGCAUCUGCCCUGCAGGGUAUGUGGGGGAACGCUGUGAGGGGGAUGUCAACGAAUGCCUGUCUAACCCCUGCGACCCGAGGGGCACGCACAGCUGCAUCCAGCUUACCAACAACUACCGCUGCGAGUGUCGCACUGGAUACACAGGCCAGCGCUGUGACACAGUGUUUGAUGGCUGUAAGGGUAAACCUUGCCGUAACGGAGGGACUUGUGCCGUAGCCAGUAACACACCACAUGGCUUCAUCUGCAAAUGUCCUCCUGGUUUCACCGGCUCGACGUGUGAAUAUGACUCCCAAACCUGUGGCAGCUUACACUGUCGCAACGGAGGAACCUGCAUUUCCGGCCAUAAGAGUCCCAAAUGUCUGUGUCUGCCGUCAUUCACGGGGUCUGAGUGUCAGUAUCCCACCGACAGCCCCUGCAGCUCCAACCCCUGUUAUAACGGUGGCACCUGCAGAUACACCUCCGAGGCACCAUACUACCAGUGCUUCUGCCCCACAAACUUCACCGGCCUUCGCUGCCACAUCCUGGAUUACAGCUUCCCCGGAGGACUUGGUGAAAACAUCCCACCGCCGACGGAGGUGGAGGUCUCCUGCCUCAUCCCGCUGUGCGAGGAGUUUAAGCACAACAAGCACUGUGAUGAGCUCUGUAACAACCAUGCAUGCGGCUGGGACAACGGCGACUGCUCGCUCAACUUUGACGACCCAUGGAAGAACUGCUCGGCCUCGCUGCAGUGCUGGAGGUACUUCAACAACGGAAAGUGUGACUCGCAGUGUGAUAAUGCUGGAUGUCUCUACGACGGGUUCGACUGCCAGAAUUUGGAAGGACAGUGCAACCCUCUGUAUGACCAGUACUGCAAGGACCACUAUGCUGACCACCACUGUGACCAGGGCUGCAAUAAUGCUGAGUGUGGGUGGGACGGCUUGGACUGUGCCAAUAACAUGCCUGAGAAGAUAGCUGUGGGCCAGUUGGUUCUGGUCGUCCACAUCACGCCUGAGCUGCUCCUCAAUAACUCCCAUGGCUUCUUGCGUGAGCUGAGUCGAGUUCUCCGAACAAAUGUGAUAUUCAGGAAGGAUGCAAAGGGGGAAAUGAUGGUCUACCCAUAUUAUGGGGAGGAACACGAGCUGAAGAAGUACAAUGUCAAACGCUCUGUGGACUCCUGGCAAGACUUUCCUGGCGAGGUGCUGAAUGUGGUGAAGAGAAGUCUGUAUGAUGUGGCAGGUGGCAGCAGGAGAGUGAGGAGGGAGCUGGAUCAUCUGCAGAUCAAAGGUUCCAUUGUCUACAUGGAGAUGGACAACCGCCAGUGCUUCCAGCAGUCCACCGAGUGUUUCGAGAGCACUGACGAUGCAGCAGCUUUCCUCGGAGCUUUGAAGUCCAGCGGCAAACUGGAUGUUCCGUUCCCUAUUGAAGUUGUUUACAGCGGCGUGGAACCACCGCCUUCCGAGGGGCUCUACCCAAUCUACUUGGUCCUGGGCGGUGUAGGGAUACUGGCCUUCCUUGGAGUGGGGAUGGUGGCUGCCCGAAGGCGGCGCCAUGAGCAUGGGCGCCUCUGGCUUCCCGAGGGCUUCAAGACCACAGAGACCAGCAAGAAGAAGAGACGCGAGCCUGUUGGAGAGGAUUCGGUGGGAUUAAAGCCACUGAAAAACACCUCAGACAUUUCACUCAUGGAUGACACCCCGAAUGAGUGGGGAGAGGAUGAACCUACAGAUGCAAAACGCUUCAAGCAGUUUGAUGAACAGGCUGUGUUGGACAUGGACGACCAGACAGACCACCGCCAGUGGACCCAGCAGCACCUGGAUGCCGCUGACUUGCGCAUCCCCUCCAUCGCUCCCACACCCCCUCAGGGCGAGAUUGAGAAUGACUGCAUGGAUGUUAACGUGCGAGGACCAGAUGGAUUCACACCCCUGAUGAUCGCAUCCUGUAGUGGAGGAGGUUUGGAAACAGGCAACAGUGAGGAAGAGGAGGAUGCCUCAGCUAACGUGAUCAAUGAUUUCAUCUAUCAAGGCGCUAACCUUCACAACCAGACCGAUCGUACAGGUGAAACGGCUCUUCACCUAGCUGCCCGCUAUGCCCGCUCUGAUGCGGCCAAACGGCUGCUGGAGGCCAGUGCCGACGCCAACAUCCAGGACAACAUGGGAAGGACGCCUUUGCAUGCUGCUGUGGCAGCUGAUGCCCAGGGAGUGUUCCAGAUCCUUAUAAGGAACCGUGCCACAGAUUUAGAUGCCCGCAUGCAUGAUGGUACUACACCCCUGAUUUUGGCUGCCAGGCUGGCAGUGGAGGGCAUGGUGGAGGAGCUCAUUAACUGCCAUGCUGAUGUGAAUGCCAUCGAUGACUUUGGUAAAUCAGCCCUACACUGGGCUGCUGCAGUAAAUAACGUGGAAGCUGCUAUUGUGCUAUUAAAGAAUGGCGCUAACAAAGAUAUGCAGAAUAAUAAGGAGGAAACCCCUUUGUUCCUAGCUGCCAGGGAAGGAAGCUACGAGACUGCCAAGGUCUUAUUGGACCACUUUGCCAACAGAGAAAUAACUGACCACAUGGACCGGCUGCCAAGAGACAUUGCACAGGAGAGAAUGCAUCAUGACAUUGUGCGGCUAAUGGACGAGUACAACCUGGUACGAAGUCCUCCCAUGCACGGUGGGUCUCUGAGUACCACAUUGUCACCCCCUCUUUGCUCGCCCAAUGGCUUCCUGGGCAGCAUGAAGCAGCCUCAGCCCCAGAGUCAAGGCCAGGGCAAAAAGGCCCGCAAGCCCAGCAGCAAGGGUAUUGGCUGCAAAGAUGGCAAAGACAUGAAGGUGAAGAAGAAGAAUUCCCAGGAUGGGAAGCCUGGGAACCUCCUGGAUAACUCAGCUGUUCUCUCACCUGUUGAUUCAUUGGAGUCUCCACAUGGCUAUGUCUCUGAUGUGGCUUCACCACCUAUGAUGACCUCACCUUUCCAACAGUCGCCAUCUGUCUCCCUGAACCAUCUGCAGGGUAUGUCUGACCCACACCUGGCUGUAAACCACAUGGUAAUGCCAAACAAGCAGGAGCUAGCUCGAAUGCAGUUUGACCCGCUGCCUCCCCGUCUUACCCAUCUACCCGUGUCUGGUUCCGGUGGUCAGGGGGCCAUGAAUGGCCCAUGUGAUUGGCUGUCCAGGAUGCAUGGCAACAUGAGCCAAACAGGUCAGUUUAACCCCAUGAGAGGUGCUCCUGGUGGUCAAGGAGGUUUGCACCAGGGCGGGCAGCAUGGGUUGAUGACGACUUCGCUCCACAACGGCCACCCAAACACCAGCUUGUCUCAGAUGAUGACCUACCAGGGGAUCCAGGGCACCAGACUGGGCCCCCAGACCCACAUGAUGCAGCAGCAGGCUCAGCAGAUGCAGCAGAUGCAAAACCUCCAGCAGCUUCAACAACAGCAACAGCAGAGCAUCCAGAUGCAACACCAAAACUCAAAUACAACCAACAGCCAGAACUUCAUCAGCGGGGAGCUCAACUCCCCGGAGCUCCAGCAGAGCACAGGCAGCUCCAGCAUGCCCAUCCACACCAUCCUGCCCCAGGAGACCCAGAUAAUGCCCUCCUCAGUCAACCAAUCAAUGCCCAGUACACAGUUCCUUACGCCACCCUCCCAGCAUAGUUAUUCAGGUCCAAUGGACAACACCCCAAACCAUCAGGUCCAAGUCCCUGACCACCCAUUUCUGACCCCGUCCCCCGGCUCCCCUGACCAGUGGUCCAGCUCAUCUCCUCAUUCUAACAUGUCCGACUGGUCAGAGGGCAUUUCAAGUCCACCAACAAGCAUGCAGUCUCAGAUUGGACAUAUACCUGAACAGUUCAAAUAGAAAGCUCUUAUCUCUACAUCCAGAUCAGCUGCUGUAUAUAUUAUUUUUUUUAUUAUAAAAAAGGCACUCUGUGUGGAAAAAGAAAAAGGGGAAAGCUGUAAACCAGAUUUAAUAGAACUUUUAUACACUUUUAUACUAACAGCAACAUCUGUGCUUCAUCCAUUCUUUUUAUUUAUUAUUUUUUUAUUUAUGCACAUUACCUGCUUAUUGACAUUUAAAACGUAUGUUUGAUCAUACACAGACCAGACUAAGUCUUUUAGUGAUUUUUUUUGUAGUACUUAUUUUCUACAGUGAAGUAAGCAGCAAACACACUGGGUAUUUAUUUCCUUUAAAGACUUUUAGUUUCUGCCUUAAAAAAAAAAAAAAAAGAAUUCUCUGUCUUUGUUUAUAUUUUUGUAUAAUCUUGUUUAUAAUGAAAAUCAUUCAAAUAGAGCACAUUUUAAGUUUCAGUGUUAUUUCAGUUUGUAUUAAGUGUGGGGAAACAUUGGUUGACAAACAUGCUGUGAAUGUUAGCAGGACUUGUGUAUUUUGUAUACAGGUUCUGUAUGACAUAGGAGCUAUUUUACCUUUUUGAGUAUCGAGUUAUUAGUUUUGCUCUUUAGAGUUAUGUAUAUUUCUUCAAUCAGUGGAGCAGCGUUAUGCUGUGCCUCUAGACAUGAUUGCAUUCAUGUGUAGGGAUGUGGUGGGGAUGUGAUAUGUUGUAUAGUGUAUGGCCAUCUUGGAGAUUGGCAGUAAAGGCAGGCUUGAUUUUAUUUUAGUCCUGUGGUGUUGGAGAACUGGCCUGUUGGCCACAGUGUGUGUUGUUGUCCAGGGGGAACAGGAAACUUCAUUUCCCUCUCCCUUCGAAUAGUUUGAGCCUAUGGCUAUGUUCUUCCUUUUGUAAAUAUGCUCUGCAUUCCCCUUGUAAACAAGAUUUUGUUUAAGAAAUCUUAUGUCUUCAGCAUGCGUUGGAUAGGUCUUGCACCAGUCAACAGCCUCUAAAAUGUAAAACAGAACAGAUUAUAUAUUUUGUAUCUUACUAUCCCUUAGAAUUCAAUCAAUUUGAGCUAUAAAAACAGAUACAAUAUAUUGUUAAGUAACAUUUUCACAUAAAAGAUAGUAAAAAAUAUGUUAAGGUCUUAUAAAUGCCUAUUUAUUUACUGUUCUGCAAUGAAAAUUCAAUGAGGCAACUAUUUGUUUAUGUUAAGUACGGUUUUUGUUACAAAAUUAAUUAAAAAAUGUCGGAUAUGUUCUCAGUUGUGUCCUUUUUAAUAUUUUGCAAGAUGCACUCUGGUUUUGUUUUUGAAAUGUUAUAAGAGGUUUUAGAAAAAAAACAGAUUAGGCUUUAGUUAAAAUUUUGCCAAAUGUUUCCUUCCUCUGUAAAGUUAUGAUUUUCAAUAAAUGUAUUUUUCUUUUUCUUUUUCAUUCUGUAAAAAUGUUUCUUGAUAUAAUAAAGGGCACUUCUGUGUCUUGAACUUA